AAACCUGGCGCUUUUUUGUAGUGGAAGGCAUUAUUUACAGUAAUACACACAUACUUACAUUCAAUCUUCCACUCUCCACUGCGAUCCCCACUCCGCUCCGCGCUGCCUUUACUGUUUUAUUUGAUCGAUUAUUCCAAAAACCCUAGAAAUUCAUUACAAAGGGUUUUGGUGGUUGAAUAAAACCCAGAAUUGGGGAACAGAGCAGUGAGCCAAAGUGAGCAAAGAUCAAUAUGGAUCAGCAAGGGCAUGGACAUCCUGCAACAAUGGGAGUGGCGGGUACUGCAGCUCAAGCAUCAUAUGGUGUGAACCCGUAUGGAUCAGUUGGGAUGAUGCAAUCUCCUACUCAGCCAGCAGGUCCUUCUGCCUCGUCUCAGCUUGCACAACACCAGCUAGCUUAUCAGCACAUCCACCAGCAACAACAACAGCAACUGCAGCAACAACUCCAAAAAUUUUGGGGAGAGCAGCAUAAAGAAAUUGAUCAAACUAAUGAUUUCAAAAACCAUAGUUUGCCAUUGGCCAGGAUUAAGAAGAUUAUGAAGGCAGAUGAGGAUGUGAGGAUGAUAUCAGCUGAAGCUCCUGUCAUAUUUGCUAGGGCCUGUGAGAUGUUCAUUCUAGAGUUGACAAUGCGGUCCUGGAAUCACACUGAGGAGAACAAAAGAAGAACACUGCAAAAGAACGACAUUGCAGCAGCAAUUACGCGGACUGAUAUAUUUGACUUUCUAGUUGAUAUCGUCCCAAGAGAGGAUUUGAAAGAUGAAGUACUUGCAUCAAUCCCAAGAGGUGGGAAUCUCCCAGUUGGGGGUCCGUCUGAUGGCCUUCCUUACUAUUACAUGCCUCCUCAGCAUGCUCCACAGGUUGGUGCGAUGGAUCAGAAUCUGUAUGGCCAACAGACACAUCCGUACAUUGCUCAGCCAACGUGGCCACAUCAACAACAGCAACCGCACGAAGAUAUCGAGUAAAAGAGAUAAUGGAGUAUAAAACCAGAACAUCCUUUGACUAUAUCAUCAUUGUUUGUAAUCGAAGGCUUACAAUUUAAAGUGUUUAUCUUGGAUACAAUAGUUACACAGUUUGCUUUAUUUCCGGUCCUUACAGUUGCAAAAUAUUUGGUUUUGGUACAUGAAAAUUGAAAAGAUCAAGUGAAAGGUGUGGAUUCUGGUACUGUAAACAAUCUGGUUGUUCUGUAUUUGUUCUUGUAAAUCUAGAGGUCUUGUUUGAUUC